UUCAUUCGCUCUUGUUCGCGGAGGAAGGAGGUGUGGGGUAGUUCGGACCGCGCUUUUUCGAUUUUCAUUUUCAACUCCUUGUUCAGAGCCGAUCUGAAGGGCGGCUCCGUAGAUGGCCAGCUUUCCCCCGGGUGUAAACGAGAAGCUCAUUGGACGAUCACGGACAGUGGGAGAACUUUUAGCCCCAGCGGCUCCUUUUGACAAGAAGUGUGGGCGGGAAAACUGGACCGUUGCCUUUGCUCCGGAUGGGUCCUACUUUGCCUGGUCACAAGGCCAUCGCAUAGUCAAGCUUAUUCCCUGGUCUCAAUGCUUGAGUAACUUUACCUUGCAUGGCAUAAAGAACUUUGCCAACUUAAGCCAUUCCAAGCUUUCGAGGCAGAACAGCGAUGGCGACCAGAAAAGCAAGCCCCGGGAACAUGUUAUAGAUUGUGGCGACAUCGUCUGGAGUCUCGCUUUUGGAUCAUCUGUGCCUGAAAAGCAGAGUCGUUGUGUGAAUAUAGAAUGGCACCGUUUCAAGUUUGGCCAAGACCAGCUUCUGCUGGCAACUGGCUUAUCCAACGGGCGUAUCAAAAUAUGGGAUGCCUAUACAGGAAAACUCCUCCUUAACUUAAUGGACCAUACUGAAGUUGUGAGAGACUUAACUUUUGCACCUGAUGGAAGCUUGGUGCUGGUAUCUGCCUCAAGAGACAAAACACUCAGAGUUUGGGACUUAAAAGAUGAUGGAAAUAUGAUGAAAGUUUUAAGGGGGCACCCAAACUGGGUGUACAGCUCUGCUUUUUCUCCAGAUUCUUCCAUCCUCUGCUCCGUGGGGGCCAAUAAAGCGGUGUUGCUUUGGGAUAUGGAUCAAUACACCCUCAUCAGGAAGCUGGAAGGACACCACCAUGACGUGGUAGCCUGCGAUUUUUCCCCUGAUGGAGCUCUGCUGGCCACAGCAUCUUACGACACCCGAGUCUGUGUCUGGGACCCGCACACGGGAGCUGUUCUGCUGGAGUUUGGACACCUCUUUCCCCCUCCUACUCUAAUAUUUGCUGGAGGAGCAAAUGACCGGUGGGUGAGAUCUGUAUCCUUCAGUCAUGACGGACUGCACAUUGCGACACUCGCGGAUGAUAAGAUGGUGCGGUUCUGGCGAAUUGAUGAUGAGUAUCCAGUGCAAGUGGCGCCUUUAAGCAACGGGCUUUGCUGUACCUUUUCCACUGACGGAAGUAUUUUAGCUGCUGGAACGCAAGAUGGCAGCGUGUACUUCUGGGCCGCACCCAAACACGUGUCCAGCUUGCAGCAUCUGUGCCGCAUGGCGCUCCGGCGAGUGAUGAACACCAGCGAAGUGCAGAAUUUGCCUAUCCCGUCGGCCAUUGUGGCGUUUCUCUCCUACCGAAUGUAGAAAACCAGUCGGAGGAGGGGAAGGGUUGGCCCGGCCCACUGGGUAAAAGAACAUCAGGGUUUCUACUGGUUUCAUGCUUAAAACACGUCAUGGGUUUGGAAAUAAAUUUGACCACCUUCUUUGUGGAAAAAAAUGGGGAUUCUUCAGGCUGACCUUGUGGAGCUCUCAAAAGCACGAUGCAUUUAAAAAAAACAGGCGUGUUUCUGAAGUCAUCAGACCUUUUCAAAGAAAUUCCAACUGUGAAAACAUGUACAUAGUUAGAUAUAAGCUGCAACUUUUUGUGAUUGCUUUUUUGAUAUAUAUAUAGUGUAUGUAUGUAUAUUUUGAGUGUGUAUUGAUGUUUGUGUGCAUACAAUACAAAACUCUCUAAGCUUGGUAGUGUUUACCUGUUUCUGUGCCCCAAACAAACAGCGUCAGGGUGUCUUUCUGAACCUUUCUUUGCUAUGUAAAGCAGAACCAGCAGGACUUUCUGUUGGGGGCACAGAGAUAGGUAGCCACUCGGCCAAUCAUAGGCAGAUUUGCUCUGGAGCCUUGUGGUCCUCACCAAAUGGGCCCUGAAUCAUGUACAUCUCACAGAUCGGAAGAAGUGAGUUUUCUUGAGGCCCGUAAGCAUUCAGGGGAGACUGUUUGGGGUGAAGCUUGGAAAAUCCAUUUAAGAGGUGGAUCAUCUUCCGGGAGGCCUUAUUCUUCCAACAAAACAGAUCACUGUUUUGGGUUACUUGGGAUCCUUAAUACGUGAGCCGGUUGCUGGCUCAUUUUUUUCACUACUCUGUCACCCUCCAUCAUAUCAAGCGUUGGAAUCGGGUGAACUACCAAAGACAAGUACAAUUUUUUUCUUCGCUUUUGCCUUCUGUUUCUCUGGACCUGCCAAUACGGAGAAUGUAUGCCUCACAAGAAAUGCCUGAUUAUAUAUAUUUUGUUUGAUGAACUUUUUAUAAUAAAGGAUUCCUACAAACAA